AGCGCAGAUAUUCAUUGAUGGCAGACAGAGAAAGCCUGGCUUUGCUUUGGGUUUUUUAUUAUUUUUGAUUGAUUUAUUUUUUUUAUCUAAAAUUUCCUCCUUGUAGUUUUUCCUUCAGGCAGCUUGAUCGCAAACUGAAAGUUUGCAGCGACCUCUUAGAAGCUUGUGGUGAAAUGGUUUGUAUCAGCCGGAGACGGAGGCUAUUAAUGGGACUUCUUCCACCCCCUGCAUCACCUGAGGACAGCUGAGCAGUGAGCCGGAGGGCGUCCGGAGGCUGGAUGGACAACAUGUCUCCACAGCAGCAACAGGACAGCCUCAGCCGAAGCGGCGCGCAGCAGGAGCACAAACGGCGAAUAAAGUCUCAGAGUUACCGGCGUCAGUCGGCCCCGUCUCUGGUCAUCACCAAGGCUCUAACCAGGUCCAAGACUCUCUCCAGAGAAAGUUUCCUGGUUCCCAUCUGUCCAGAGACGUGUCCACUGAUCCAGUCCUUCCUGACUGGCUCUGAUAGGUCCUUUCUUCUCCAUGGACAUGCUCAGUUGAAGACAGGGAUGCAAACUCAGGACAGACACCUCUUCCUCUUUAGUGACAUACUGGUGAUUGCCAAAGCUAAAUCAGCCAACCACUUCAAGCAGAAAGCCCAGGUGCGUGUGUGUGAGAUGUGGACGGCAGGCUGCAUGGACGAGGUGUGUGAGGGCAGCACAAACCCAGAGAGGAGCUUCGUGAUGGGCUGGCCCACCUGCAACUGUGUCGCUACUUUUAGGUCAGCAGAACAGAAGGAAAAAUGGCUCUCCCUCCUUAAGAGUCGAAUAAAAGAAGAGAAGGAGAAGGAAGAGCCAAAAACCAUCCCUGUGAGAGUGUACGGGAAGGGAAUCAAUACAUUUGCUCUUACCAAGACGGUCCCAGUCAGCAACUCAGAUUCAACCAAUGAGGUGAUCCGCCUGGCCCUACAGCAGUUUGGCAUCAUUGGGAAUGUCAAAGACUUCCAGCUGUGGGUCCUCUCAAAGAGGGACAACGCCCCUUAUCCUCUAAUUGGUCAUGAGUUUCCCUUCAGCAUCCACAUGAGUCACUUGAGAGGAGGCAGGGAUGCUGCUGCUCCACCUGCAGACAGACUGAAGGAUGCGCAGGCGUACAAGCAGUUUCAGUUCAUCCUCAAGCCUCGACCUGUCGAGCCACCGCAACAGCACGCAGAUUUCUCUGGGAAACCGUUCAAAAGGAGGCGCUCGCUCAUCGCCUGGGCCUUCUGGCGAGGCUCCUCCUCUCACCUGAACGAGCUGUCCCUCAGCGCUGCGCGAGGCUGUUUGUUCGGCCAGCCGCUCAGCUCCAUUUGUAGGGGUGACACGCUGCCAAAGCCGGUCAUGGACAUGUUGGCAUUUCUGUACCACGAGGGUUCGUGGACGCGGGGGAUCUUCCGUCGGCCGGCAGGUGCCCGGGCGGUCAGGGAGCUGCGGGAUGCUCUGGACAACGGAGAGUCUCAGCUUCCUCUGACGCGAGACCACGUCUUCAUCAUAGCUGGAGUCUUUAAGGAUUUCUUGCGUAGCAUCCCAGGCAGCUUGUUGUGCUGCGAGCUGCACGAAGACUGGAUGGAAGUGCUGGAGGAAGAGGAGGAGGAGGAGGAGCAGGUGCAAGACAUACAGAGGAUGAUUUGUCGGCUGCCAAAAGAGAACGCCCUCCUGCUACGCUACCUGCUGGCUGUUCUACACGGUAUCCAAGGCAAUGCCCAGGAGAACCAGAUGACUAGUUUUAAUCUGUCAGUGUGUAUUGCUCCCAGCAUGCUCUGGCCUCCUGGAGCGCCGUGUAGCCCUGAGGUGGAGGGAGAAGGAACUAAGAAGGUUUGUGAGUUGGUGAAAUUCAUGAUUGAACACUGUCAGCGGGUCCUCGGAGAGGAUCCCUCCUCCCUUUUCGGAGGGCCUCCACAAAGACUCAACAGUGAGGAGAUGGGAACAGAAUCCUGGAUUUACCCUCUGACCGAUUCAUCCUAUGACAGUCUCGAGAAUGAGUUGGACAACAGCAGCGGUGGCUCACCCGGCCUGUGCAAUAGAAGGCACCUCAAACCUAAACCCCUACAAGGCAGCCUGGACUCUAUCCUCACAUUCAGUGACUAUGACCAAGAUACUGCCCCAGAAACACGCCUCAACAAAUUGGGAAGACACAGAAGACAGGAACUAGACCUCUCCAGCCCCAGGCGGGAUGCACCAAUUGCAGACACCUCUUCGACCCUGGAGUCAUUGUCCCUGGAAUGUGGGCACAUGCAGCGGCGGCGUUCGGAGCCAGCUAUAGCAUAUGUGGCCAAGUUUCAGCCGUGCGUAUCAGCCAGCACCGAUGGUCUCACCGGUGAAGAUGAAGGUGAUGAAGAGCUUUCCAAGAAGCCUAGCAACCACAUGGUCGCUAGAAUGUACCCUAGAGGUCAAACCAGGAGGUGUGGAGGUGAAUCUGGGUUGGAAGCCAGCUCCUCCAGCCUCUCAUCCACCCCCAUGUCCCCUGCACCCACCCGCUCUUCCCUUGACUCCCUAGACUCCAUGACUGGUGACCAGACCUGGGCAUCCAGAUGGGGCGUUUACCCAAACAAGACACAUCUGCCAUCCGACUCCUCCUCAGGAUCUCUUUCCACCUCUGUCACUUCUACACCCCUCACCAUCAGCACUGCACUGGUCUCCAGUGAACAUACAGAGCGGGGGGCUUGCCCAAAAAUCCCCCCCAGAGAACCCCUCAACUGGGGGACAUUAAUAGGCUGUAGGGGCCUCCACCACUCAUGGCUGAAGAAAGACCGGAGGCUUUCACUCACCCAACAAGACAACUUGGACAAGGAAGAUGACAAGACUGCUGGAGGACCUACUGAUAAGUCGCUCACACCUGGGAAACCAGAAAAAGGAAAAGCAGGUGAGAAAGGAGGAGCAAAGCUGAUCUCAAGCAGCCAUCCCAAAACAUCCUGCAGAGCUUCCAAAGAUGCAGGAGGAGCAGGAGGAAGCCAUUUGAAAGGGAAGUCGGGGUCCCACAAACAGGACUCCUCCAGCCCCCCUUCACACUACCGCUCUACGGGAAACCUCCAGCUUCCCAAAUCUCCCUGGUUCCAUUCCUCAGACACCCCACUAACUUCAAGACAGAACAGUCCCAGGGGUGACGCCAGCACCGAGAGGUGUGCUACGCAAAGUGAUGUGACUGACCUAAGCAGCCACACCAUCUAUUUUUACAAGCAAGGGGGCCCUUCACUGUCCCUAUUCAAGCGAUCCAAGUCUCAAGCCACAGAGCAGGACCACAACACCUGGCUAUAUCAGCGCCGCGGGUCAGAACCAGGACGUCAAGUUGUUGACCGAGCCGCCACCUUGACCCGGGCGAGGUUGCCCAGACCGGGACUGAAAGUGUCUGACAUAGAGUCACAGGGAGGGACAUCAGAGGCCCGUUUCUGCCUCUCCCCCUGCGCCACCAAAGCAGUGAGGGACUACUUCUCCUCUCAUCCACGAAGCAAUCCCCAGAGCAGCCACCAGGUGGCGCUCGCCCUGGUGGAGAGUCGCAGGGAGUGGGUAAAGAGAUGCAGCGAUCCCACGGCAGAGCCAGACUUUGACCAGCUCCUGUUUGCUGAGGAGUCCUAUGUUUGACGAGUUGGUGCAACACAAAUCACCUUCCAACAAAGUGGAGCAAACAGAACUUCAGUUUCAGUGCAGUCAA